UAUAUGCGCCUGGCUGACUUAAAAUGGCGUAAAAAAGAAUCGUGUCGUAUUUCUAUGUCAAUUUCGAUCACUCCCGAGUGCCAUGGGCAAGGAACAAGAACUCAUUUUGGCUGCUCAGACUGGAAACUUAGUUCAAAUAGAUAAAAUACUUGGGCAGAGAGCAAAGAAACCCGGCCCACUUCAAAGUAUACGGAAGUCAGUUGGUCCUAACUGUCAGGAUACAAAUGGCUAUACCCCCCUGCAUCAUGCCGCAUUAAAUGGCAAAAGAGAUGCAGUGGAGGCAUUGCUAAAAUAUGAGGCAUCAACAAAUAUUCCUGAUUUUGCAGGUAGUUACCCAUUGCAUUUAGCUGCAUGGAAUGGCCAUGCUGAUGUUGUGGAACUUUUACUCAACCGUGGACCAUCACGUGCCAAUGUAAAUGAACAGAAUAAUAAUAAUGAAACAGCGCUUCACCUGGCUUGUCAAUAUGGCCACAAUAAAGUCAUUGUCGUACUUUUAGAGUGUCAUGGUGAUCCUUACCUACGUAACCUGAAAAAUGAAUCACCAUUAGAUCUCGCUGCUCAAUAUGGACGGUUAGAUGCGGUGAACUGCCUACUUCUGUACUUCCCCGCGUUGGCGAAGAAAACUCUCAGCACUCACUCACCAAUACAUUUGGCAUCAAGAAAUGGACAUUAUAAUAUUGUCAAGUCCUUGAUUGAGAAGGGAAUGCCUGUAAACCUUGAGUCUGAUGAUGGCACACCACUGCACAUCGCUGCUCUUUAUGGCAAAAGUAAUAUCGUCAAACUGCUGUUGCAAUCUGGGGUGGAUAUCAAUAAACACAACAAGCAAGGUUGCACUGUUAUGGAUUUGCUAUCUUCCAACCCGUCUCAAAGAUCUCGCGAAAUAACCGCUUGUAUUUAUACGCAUAUCCAGAAUGAAGAACAAUCUUCAUUUAUUGGAGGAAAGAGUCGAUCAUUAUCAGAGGCAGCCAGUGUACCCUCCACAGGUUAUGAUGCAAUACCACCGCCAAGACCGAUAUCUGAAUUCGGGAACGUUUAUACGACGAAAGUUCAACAAUCUUCUCAUUAUGACGAAGUUCCACCACCUUUGUCAUUGUCGUCUCGAGGAGCAGCGAAUGACAUUCGAAACACCUCAGAGGCUGCAGUAACUGACGCUUACGACACAGUACCAUCAAGGCCGUUCCGAGAGAACAGCUUUCAAACUCGACAACCUCAGUUUACCAGACAAACAAGCUACGAUGAAGUUCCAAAGCCACGGGCCGCAAACGCCCCGACCUCUCUUCGGACAAGGAUGCCUUCCUCGCCGGCAAGUUACGAUUUCGUUCCUCCUCCACGACAAGCACCCGAAUCAAAUAUUCCUGUUGAAAGUACCUACGGCCUUGUCAAUCGACCUCAAUCGUUAACACUCGGUUCAUCCCAAUACCAAGUUCCGGUAAAUAACUCCGCACAACCCGUAAAUAGCAUUUACGGAGUUGUAAAUUUGGGCAGAAAUCAAAGCUCGACAAUGCCUGCCAAAGUUCCGAGCAAAUACGCGUUGCUGAAUUACUCGGGCAACGGACUAGAUCAGAGCCAACCUGUGAAUAGUGUAUACGGAGUAGUUCAACCGUCAAUGGGAGGUUCUGGGCAUACAUCUGAACAGGCCGGUCCACAGUACCCGGUUUCUACUGAAAGGCAAAACUAUCAUGCCACUUCCUCGUGGCCGGCAGGAGAACAGUCGCAGGGACCGCCGGUUUCGCCCCGAAAAAAUGCUUUGGAUCGAAGCAACUCGGUCCCAGCUCCCGACAAUACAUACGAGUUCGUUGAACUUCCACGGGUGGGCUCCCUUUCACGGGGUAGCCAAUCAAAUCCGAUAUCAAUUCCUUCUCAGCAUCGUUCUUUGCCCCGGACAACGGAUUACGACACGGUUGUGUCGCCUCCCUCGAGGCGUGCCGACCCGAUCGGAGCUGCCAUUUCGCCGGAUGGAAACUUCGGCCAAAAAAGAGAAGAAGAUAGGAAAGAAGGUGAUGGGUUAGCCAGGGGCUCGCCGGAGAUCCGAAGUGAUCCAGAAGGCGCAAAGAAACGAGAUGUGCAGUCUCCCAGUACACACAGAGAUGUACCGGAUUAUGAAAAUGUUGUUCUUCCGAAUCGGACUGGAAGUAUGAGUUCCGGAAAGGAAACGGUCUAUGAAAAUAUGCCUGCGAUAACGCCUCCCUCGUAUGAAUAUAAUAUCCCUAGAUCUUACUCAAAAACGUCAGCCGCAGUCGCUAGCUGUACCUCGAGUGAAGAAGAUAGGUCGUCCCCAGUGAAGGACAUGAAUACAAGUCAAGCUUCGAGUGCUUCCAAUUCCUACUCAGGUUCCCCGUCGUCCGAACGUCGGACGACGGAUUACGAGAAUGUCGAACUCCCGUUCCGGAGUCCUUCUUCUCGUGGCAGUCCGUCGUCGCAACGAUCUCGUAAUGCGUAUGAGAUAUUACCCCCUCAUAUCCUCCACGCUCCCAUUGAACCAGGAAGUCCAAAGCCUGAUGCUCAAGGCAGAAUAAGGCCACCGAUACCCAAACCAUAUCGCGAUGCACGAAAAUCACUACCGGAUGCUCAAAACGUCGAGGAUGAUUAUUGUACAUUGAGAGAAGCUUUAUCGGAAGUCACCAGUCCGACAAGAGAGUACAUGUCGCCAGAUCCGCCAUUUUCCCCACCUUCGCCGUCAACAGCGCGGGACGUUCUUCUCCACGCGUUCGCAGCGAGAACCGACACCGAUUCAGGGGGAAGCGACGAAAGCAGCCGUAGAAGUUCGGGCUGUGGCGAUGCGGGAACCCGACCGCGAACACUUAAAUACGAAAACGUUAUGUUUGAUAAGCCUUCGCCGAGUAGUUCAUCAGGGGAGUCUGGUGGCGAGAGUCGUCAAGGACAGUUCACGGAAAACUUCAGAUUGAGUUCCGUGAGUGAUGGACCAAUGAAUGAAUAUGAAGAAUGGAAGAAAAUAGAGCGCUUUAUGAAUAUCCUGGGUGAGGAAAUUGUAGAGGAGCGGAAAGAAGCGGAACAAAUGACAAGCGAAGUAGGAAAAUGGUUGAAUGGUUUUAAUCUUGGACUUUACGAAUCAUAUCUGCUAGCAAAUGGUUUUGACGAUCUAGAAUUCCUGGCUGGCGGGAUUCUCGAAGAACAGGAUCUUCUUGAGAUGGGCGUUCUCGAUCCUGAUUAUAGAAAAACAAUUAUAGACCAUGUUGGCGAACUCUCUUUACCACCACGUGUGGGUCAAAAUGGGUUUGAGCCAAAGACUGUAGAAGAAUGGUUGAAUACGUUACACUUAGAUGAUUAUCUAGAUAUUUUUCAUCAGAAAGGUUAUGACAAAAUGGACCGAAUAAAACAGAUGUGGGAAUUGGAGAUGGAGUCUGUACUAGCGAUACACACACUUGGUCAUAGAAAACGAAUUCUGGCUUCCUUACCACAAGUGAAACGCAGGGAUACCAUGGUCGUAUCCGCGGAGGAUAUCAAGGAUCGCCUUGCUGAAAUCGAUGUGUUUGGUGGAGAACCCCGCCGCGACACUUUGGACAUGUUUAAUCCUAGUCCAGGAAUGCAUGAAUGGAGAAAUAGGGGUUCAACAUCACCAGAAUCAACCUCGAUUCAGCAGGAAGAGGCGUUGAGGAUUCAACAAGCGCUACUCAAUGAAGGCCAACGACCGCAAAGCUACGAUCAAGCGCAAGUUCAACAGUCCGGACAGCGGGAGCCAGAAAGACCGCCUCGAAAUGAAGAGCAACGAUCUAACCAACAACAAUCUCAACAACAAAGGCUGCAACAAUCCGACGGCGCUGUUCCAGUAGCGCCUCCUAGGCGAAAAAAAUCCAAGCAGAAAACUGCAAACCAAGAUCAGAAAAAUGACCAGUCCAAUAUUCAGAGGCAACCAAGUCUUCCAUCACCUCCGCAUUGGCUUCAUCCUCCCGAAGCUUUGCUUAAAGGAAAUGUCAACUACACUACCCGGUACUUGGGUUCUCACUUUAUCAAGGACGUAAUCGGAGAAUCUUCAACGAUAGAAGCCUGCAGGAAGAUGAGGAUGUCAACACAAAAACUACAAAAAAUUCCUGCAGUGAUAUUAUCAAUUUCCGUAACAGGAGUUAGGUUUAUUGACGCUCGCUCUAGGAUUGCAAUCAGUUCGCACUAUGUGCACAAUAUAUCCUACUGUACCCAAGAUCUAGAAGAUCGUUCUGUGCUCGCAUAUAUCGCCAAAGAUCAGAAAGCCAAUGCACAUUACUGUCAUGUAUUCAAAGCUAAUAGUCCGGCUAUAUCUGACGAAAUUGUUAUGACAUUGGGCCAAGCCUUCGAGCUUGCCUUCGAGCAGUAUUCCCACGCACAAUAUACCAGCGGCCAUAAAUGAACGCCUACUUGUAGUCCUCGUAACUGAAUAGAUAGUCUAUUGUAAUAAAGUCAUAUAUAAUAAUAACGUCAUAAAUAUAUAAAUCAUGCAAUUAUAUGUAAAUCAAAUAAUCUUUCGUCACGAGAACAGUUUGCCUUCAGUGAAUGUAACCUUUGUAAUUUAACCCAUAAUAUGAAGUGAACACCUAUUUUUUAUUUCUUCCAAAGAGUAAAUGAAUGCGUAAAGGCAGUUGCCAGCUAAUGAGACAGCCUUUGAAUAUUUUUAUAUGUAAACAAAAAGAAAUAAAUA